AUGGCAGUGACCAAGUCAUCUUCCCUUUUGAUCGUGGGUGCAGGCACCUGGGGCACAUCGACUGCUCUCCACCUGGCACGAAGAGGAUACACAAAUGUGACGGUUCUGGAUCCCUACCCCGUUCCCUCAGCCAUCUCGGCUGGGAAUGAUGUGAACAAAGUCAUCUCCUCCGGCCAAUACAGCAACAACAAGGACGAAAUCGAGAUCAACGAGAUUCUGGCUGAAGAAGCGUUCAAUGGCUGGAAGAACGACCCCCUGUUCAAACCAUACUAUCACGAUACUGGACUGCUCAUGUCCGCCUGCUCCCAGGAAGGCUUGGACCGCCUUGGGGUCCGUGUCAGGCCCGGUGAGGAUCCCAACCUUGUGGAACUGACACGGCCGGAGCAAUUCCGCAAAUUGGCUCCUGAGGGUGUUCUACAGGGAGAAUUCCCCGGCUGGAAGGGCUACUUUGCGCGUUCAGGAGCUGGUUGGGCCCAUGCUCGCAAUGCGCUCGUGGCUGCUGCAAGGGAGGCUCAGAGAAUGGGCGUGAAGUUCGUGACUGGCACUCCUCAGGGCAGAGUAGUCACUCUGAUAUUUGAGAAUAACGAUGUCAAAGGUGCCGUUACGGCAGACGGCAAGAUUUGGCGUGCAGAGCGCACAUUCCUCUGCGCCGGUGCCAGCGCCGGUCAGUUCCUCGACUUCAAGAAUCAGCUCCGUCCAACGGCAUGGACGCUGGUUCAUAUCGCUCUGAAGCCUGAAGAGCGGGCUCUUUACAAGAACAUCCCAGUUAUCUUCAACAUUGAGAGGGGGUUCUUCUUCGAGCCAGAUGAGGAGCGCGGUGAGAUUAAGAUCUGCGACGAACAUCCGGGGUAUACCAAUAUGGUGCAGUCUGCUGACGGAACGAUGAUGAGUAUUCCCUUUGAAAAGACUCAGAUUCCUAAAGAAGCCGAGACGAGGGUUAGAGCUCUGCUUAAAGAGACAAUGCCACAGCUUGCAGACCGUCCAUUCAGUUUCGCCAGGAUUUGCUGGUGCGCCGACACUGCCAACCGCGAGUUCUUGAUCGAUCGCCAUCCUCAGUACCAUUCGCUUGUCCUGGGCUGCGGCGCUUCCGGCAGAGGCAAUCUCAUCGUCGAUGCUAUGGAAGGCAAGGUUCCUCAAAAGAUCCACGAACUGAUCAAAUGGAACCCGGAGAUUGCUGCCAAUCGCAACUGGAAGGAUACUCUGGGGAGAUUCGGGGGUCCCAACAGAGUAAUGGACUUCCACGACGUCAAGGAGUGGACAAAUGUACAAUAUAGAGAUAUUUCCAAGUUAUAA